GGUGAGCGCUCGCGGUCCAGCGCAGGUACAGUGCUGCGAGCGCAGGUCCCAGACAGCCGCGCCGUUAGUGCUGCCCCUCGCUUUCUAUUUUAUCCCAUUCUCUUUUUUCUCUGUUUCGUGCAAUAAUAAUUAUUAUUAUUGCAAUUUAUUAUUAAUAAGUAGCAACAAGUAAAUCAAAGAGAUGGGGGCUUUCCAUUCCGUGCAUCAGGAGGAUAAUUAUGAAGCCCUUGCGACCAGGACAGGAUUUUCCCCGGAGCAGAUCCGAAACCUCCACCGACGCUUCAAGCAUCUGAGCAAAAACGAAGACAAGCUCAGACGAGAGCAUUUCACGGUCGUUUCGGACCUGGAGUUGAACCCCAUCCAGUCCCAGAUUAUUGAAGCGUUCUUCGAUGAAAGGAACUUCCAGGACAGCGGCAGGGGCACUGUGACGGAGAUCAGCUUCCAGCAGUUUCUCAUCGUCAUGUCCUGCUUCCUACCAACGGAUCCAUGCCUCACAGCCGAGGAGCGAGAGAAUGUUCGCCAGCGGAAACUUCGCUUCCUCUUCAACAUGUAUGACACUGAUGAUGACGGCAAGAUCACCGUGGAAGAGUACAGGCAUGUGGUUCAGGUGCUGAUCUCACAGAGCGACAACCUAGACAAAGAGGAGGCAAAGGAGAUAGCGGACGCAGCCAUGUUGGAGGUGGCCAGCCUCAACGUGGUUCACAUGGCACCAGAUGAAUUCUACGAAGGAAUCACUUUUGAACAUUUUGUGAAGAUUUGGACAGGAAUCGAGAUUGAGACGAAGAUGCAUGUUCGCUUCUCACACUUGGAAACCCCAAAUAUCUGUAAAUAAGGAGCCAUAUAAGUUCUGGAACCUUCUGGUAACGUCGUGUGAAUUCAGCAUUUAUUCUAGGCUGCUCACCGUCAUCCAUCACACAGGUGGAACAAAGCACUUUUCAGUACCAUCUUCUAAAAAUAUUUUUGAAUGAUUCUACGCGCAGCUUUUUACAGAAUAGCACAUCAUGUCUGUGGCCACAUUAUUAAGUACCAAGAAGGAUCCACUUUAGCCUCCAGAACCAGUUUAAGGUUGAUGAGAGUUGCCAUUCUGCCCACCACUGCUGGACGGGGCUGUUACUUUUGCACUUGUGGCCUUCCUGUCAGCUUUAACGAGUCUGGCCAUUCUCCUCUGACCAUUCUCAUUAACCAGGGGUUUUUGGAAACAGAAAUGUCACUGACUAGACAUUUUGUUAAUCGCACAAUUCUCUGUAAACACUAGACACUGUAGUAUGUGAAAAUCCCAGGACAGGGGUUGUUUCUGAAAUGCUGGAACCGUCACAUGGCACCAACAAUCAAACACAUUCAAAAAUGCAUUCAGCUGCAGCCACAUGAUUGGCUGCUUGCAUUAACCAGCAGUUAUACCUAAUAAACUGGCUAUUGAGCAUUUGUAUCAAUAUUCAGGUGAGCGUCACACUGAUUGAAUUCACCUCAGUACCAAAUUGCUGUGUAAUUUAGACAACUGAUAAAGGCCAGGAAUGAAGGCUGUACUUCAGGGACAUGCCAUCCCAGCUUGACAGCCAAACGACGCUGUAAAUAUUGAUUCCUCCUAAUCAAACUACCCCCCUCACUGCAAUACAGACAAUUGAUCUCAGUCUCACCAAAUACUCUUGCAAAUUUAUCCUUCUAAAAAGGACACCAUUGUUCGAUUGAGACCUAUGAAGGAUGCCUUUUUAAUUGCCACAGUCCAGCUCUGCCCAUGAAACUCACUUAAGGGUGGAUCUGCCCAGCUGUCUUUCCUGGCUGCACUACAAUGAAGCAAUCUUGUGAGAAUCAAACAGUACACCACGCUCAGGGCCAAAGCUAAACUUACUCUGCACUUUUUUGAAGGAAUUAUAACCAUGUGCUGCUUUGCUGCCCCCUAGUGAUACACACAGUCACUUGCACAUAAAAGGACUACUGAAUGUUGCAUUAAAUUUUUUCCCUUGAAUCCACUGUACGGUUAUUAUUAUUCAGGAUGAUGUAGGCGUAAAUGUUUUUUUUUUUUCUUUUUAAUAAUUUGUGCCUAAAAAAAUGUGUGAUCUGUCUGAAGAAUUACUUGAAAAAUAAAACUGUAAAAAGCA